GUUUUUAACAACAAUCAUGGUCGAUCAUUACCCACUCUUUGAGUCUGGAUUCUGCCUGCAUGCAGCAAAAUUAAUCAAUGCAAAAAUGUUCAUCAACAUUAAUAUUCAUGAUAAUAAUGAUAUAAUGUGUGUAUAAACGCUAUUAGUAGCUUUAUGUUAUGUAGCUUUGGCACCUCCACCGAGGCAUCAGCAUGCACCCGCGGUGCUUUCAUUAUGACUGCAGUGUGUGUCUCACUGGGAGGAACAUGUCCACAGACUGCACCACCUGUAUCCAUGGUUACUCGGGAGAAGAGUGCAGACUAGGCGAGUACAGUAAGCUACCGAAUUUCGUCAAACGUCAAUAAUUGUCAGCUAAAAGUACUUAUAAUGCACGAACAAAACGAGAUAGAUUCUAAAUAACUGCACACACCCCAAUAGGUGGCUAUGGGACUACUAACCAGCGAACAUUUGGAUGUGCCAAGUCUCUUCCAGUCGGAGCUGUGCAUGAUCACUAAAAAAAAGUCCCAUAAGUAGAUUUCUUUCUCUGCAUUUACACACAGUGCAAGUGCAUAAUUAUAAUCCCAGUGCAUUAUGCCAUAUAAUGCAGUGCAUGCAAUAUAUGGUUGCUAUGGUAGUGAUGCAACAUGCCAUAUAUACAGAGCACUGGAUUGCUUUGAUCUGCCCACUCACUGGGCAACAAAAGCUUGUAUAUUACGUUAUUACGCAACUUAUAAUGAUCAUGCAGUAUGUGAUCAGAACUCAUGCAGGAACUUAUUAUAUACACACUAUCAAACACAGAAAGCUAUCAAAAAACUUAUGGCUCAAUACAGUGCAUUGCAGUUUAUGUCAACAAUGAAAGAGACAAUGAAAGUCAACUGAGUUAUACACAUGCAUGCAUGGGAUAUACAAGCACAUGAAUAAUUAUGCAUGUCUUAAAUUUACUAUAAUUAUAGAAAUGCAUGCAACUGAAACACCACUAUAAAAAAACACACACCCAAAAUCAUAUCAGUAUAGUCUGACUAUAGCUAUAGCUAUGGAAAAGUUACUAGCACUUAUUCUUCUGAGUCUCUUCGGAACAGUAACAAGUGAGUUCAUACUGACAGUCAACUUGGUUAACUACACCAACCCAACCGGACUGUGUGCUGAAUGUCAGAGACCGCUGAAUACAAGCCAUCCUACAGACACAAUACCAGUGUGCUGUGAUGAACUACCAUUCAAAUCUGGCAACUGUGACAACACAGGAGAGGAGAGAUGUGACACCAGGUUCCGUUGGACCAUCAGACUAUUUGGUGCAUCACAAGAGACAAGACCCAGUAUGGGGUACAGCUUCACAGACUGUACAAUGUCCCCCAGCACUUGCCUAUUCAAUGAAAUGAGCACAACAUUCGGUCAAGGUCCAACAGCACUACUGGGGGUAACACUCAAUCCUCUACCUGUUUCAAGCACAACUUUUAAUGCAUGGACAGGGCGGAUUCAGUUCUUCAUAGCAGCCGUUGAUAGUGGACUACCGAACAUAAUAGACAGUCUGUUGAUUGACCUGGACAACCUCCAACUUGGAGCAGACUUCACAGAGGAGAUGACGUUCACUGGAUUCCACAACAUAUCUCACAUGACCAUGAGUUUCAGAGUCGAGUGCUCUCCCGGUUUCUGUGGACCUGACUGUACCACAACACCUCAGAACAAUCCACGAGUGGCGACAUGUCAAGCUGAUGGCACUCUAACAUGUACUGAUAACCGAUUAGACCCUUCACCUCUUGUAGCCUGCAACGACUGCCUCUACAGCCGGGAUAUUACUACUGGCUGCUCCACUUGCGUACAGACCAACUAUGACCCAACCAUCAACUGCACAGCCUGUUUUAACUUAUUUGAUACACUAACAAACUACACCCAGUGUCUACUCAACAGAGACCCCUCUACCAACUGCAUCCAGUGCCUACCCAACAGAGAUCCCUCUACCAACUGCACUCAGUGUCUACCAGGCUGGGACAUCACCUUGGACUGUACUAGUUGCCUACCCAACAGAGACCCAAUCACUAACUGCUCCCUCUGUCUACAACCAAACAGGUUCACUGAUACAGACUGCAGUGUGUGUGCUCUACCAGGAGGGGACCCAGCAACACUCUGUCAAACAUGCCUUUCUCCCGGGAAAGACCCGAACGAAUGUAAAGAUAACUACGAUAAAAGUACAGAUUGCUCCACUUGUGUGCCUGGUUGGGAUAGUAACUAUGACUGCAGUGUGUGUCUCACUGGGAGGAACAUCUCCACCAAAUGCACCACCUGUAUCCCUGGUUACUCGGGAGAAGAGUGCAUACUAGAUCUGUCAGUGUCAUCUGCCACCUUUGGAGGCGUGAUCGGUGUGCUACUGUUUGUGAUACUCGCACUAGUGAUGACCAUUGCCAUACUGGGGGUCUACAUCAAAACAAGAGGAAAAGAAAACACAUUCAACAUAGACACAGCGGACAUUGAGGUGGUAGAGAAUACAGGGUAUGGAGUGGGCACUCCUGGCAGGACUACAGCCGGUGGCAUUGAGUUAGUGUAUAGUGACAAGGCAGCAGAUCAUGGCAACCAAAAUGAGAAAAAUUAUGAAGACGAACAAUCUUCUGUUUAUGACUAUGUGAUAUCUAAUUAAAAUGACUCUAAUACUUAUUAUACUUUCAGAGAACAGUAACUAAAAUACACUAUCACAACCAUGCACAUGUUACAUAACUGUGUUUGUAUAUAUAUCACGUACACUCUUAUGUAAUAGUGUUAAAAUCUCAGGAAAUGUACACUAUAAUUGUAUUGUCCAAGUGGCUAUCAUUGAAACUUGAUUUUCGCAUUAUGUAAUUUCAUGAGUACACAUCGCAUUGUGGUUA